GACUUAUUUUUCUUCAUGUUGGUGACACAAAAAUUUAAAAUUACAUAACGCGGGCUUUUCUACUAAAACCUUCCAAAUCACAACAAUGAAGCCUUCGUCGUCCCCCUGUAACGCUUGUCUGGACCCCAAACUGUCUCUAAUUUCAGUUUUGUGUCGCAUUUGUUAUGACAACGACAAAGAUGAAGCUUUGAUAGCCCCCUGUCAUUGCAAGGGAACUGUGGCUUUCGUCCAUAGGAGUUGUCUCGAGAGAUGGUUAGCUGAGUCGAAUACAACAAUGUGUGAAUUGUGUCAUGUGGUAUUUCGAACAGAACGUUCCCCGAAAUACACCUCCCAGCAGUCAAUCUGGCGAUGGUUGAGGAGCCACCGGAGUCCUGGGGGAAUUGGGAGAGGCGUCCGGAGCGAUAUAAUUGCAUGCACGGUCAUUACACCAGUUGCUAUAAUAAUAACAUAUGUCUGCUUGUUUUCUUCUGAUUAUUACAAUCAGAAGAAGUUCAUUAUGGUCCCGGCUGCUCGUUGGACUUCGGUCUCGCUUCUCAUUAUGAUUGGAAUAAUGCUGAUUGGGUAUUACUUAUGGGUUUAUUCAGUUAUUAGGCUGCAUUCAAGAAUGUGGUACAAUUGGUGGCAAAGAGAGUGUGUCGUGAGGUACAUACCCCCAAGUACGGCCCAUAUUUGUUGCCACAACCCCAUGGAAACAGCCAAUCCCAAUAACACACCAACUGAAGAUAAUGAGGAUGCAAGGAGUAGACAGGAAACUGAAAUUGAGCAAAAUAACUUGGAACGCCAUAUUGAAGAAGCGGAAGAACGAGGGGGCAACCCCGACUCAGCUGUAGUAAUUGAAAUGCCUGAAAACGCAGAGACUGAAGAUGAAAACAAAGAAACGACUGUUUGAAGAAUUUAUCUUAUUUAUUAUUUGUGUUGUAUGUUGUACAUGUCAAUAAAUUUCUUUGAUUCAUCGUGA